UUGCGGUCUAGCCACGAGGUCGGACUUCACUAUGUCGCCAGGUAACAUGCUUCUCAAUGCGGCCCAAAGUAGGCGUUCAUCGUUUCCUACGUCCCGUUAGCUUCGGCUCGGGACCUUCUCGUAUGUUUCAUCGGACUUCGUGUGUCUUCACCCUCUCCUCGCGGUGCAUGAGGCGAGACGCAUGCCGAAUAGCCGAUUCAUGGCUUGGAAUACGGAUGUCAUUGUGUCUACGAUGAUCCGUCGGCCGUAGAGGAGGUAUAUAUCUUCGCAAUUAUCUACCAAACGAGAAAAUCCAUCAGCUCAUCGCAUCAUUUCAUUCGCUUCUCCAGUCAUUCCUUUUGACCAUUUCCCCACAUUCGUUACAUUUCCAUUCAUUCGCAUUUUCGUUUCUGCGUCGCCAUGCGCACAGCUGGUCUCGUGGUGGCCCUUGGCAGCCUGCUCAAUGUUGCCUUUGCAAAUGUAGUCUGCAACACCGAGGCAGUACACUCAAAGCCCAGAAUCGUUUCUGCCGCCGAAAAAGACGGGCUCGCCACAUCCAUCGAGGAGGUUUGCAGCACCACCGACAGCUUCUCCGAAAGUCGAUCUGGAUCGACCGUUUUUACUAUCACUGGCACCGAUGAGGAUCUUGGCAGCGAUGACUGCGAGGCCCAGUUCCAUGCCAUCAUCGAGCAGUGUGUGGCUGGCCACAACUUUGGGGGUGGCAGGCUCAUCACUACGGAUGGGUUGACGCUCGAGGUGUCGACUACCGAUGCUGGAGGUAGUCACGCUCUGGAGGCGAGGAGGUCCAGGGGCGGUCGGUCCCGCACCAGCAGGACGCGCACACGCACCAAGCGCCCAAAGAAGACCAAGAAGCCGAAGAAAACUAAGACCAAGAAGCCUAAGAAGACGAAGGCCAAGAAGCCCAAGAAGCCCAAGACUAAGCAGCCUACCUCCUGCCCUCUUCCCAAGAAGAAGACCGGCAUCAAGCGCUUUAUCCCCGACUUCAUCCUCAAGCGCGCAGGCUCCUCCUCCGGCGGCGGCGCUGCCGGCUGCGCCCCCGAGGAGCUCACCGAGACCAACGCCUUCAAGUCCCUCGCCAAGGAGUUCCCCAAUGCCAAAGACGGCGAGUUUUACAAAUUCACCUCCAAGUCCCCUUUCACGGAGCCCGGCCCCAACGAAACCAACGACGAGCUCAAGCAGCUCCAGCGGACGUUGGGCUUCAACCACAUCGCUGUAGUCGUCGGGGAGGUCAAGAUCACGGAAAAGAUCAUCGGCAAGGGCGCCAAGGCGAAGAAGAAGGUGCACAAAGACUUCGUGGCUAGCAUCAUUGAUCUAUGGAAGAUGGAUAAUGGUGACUCGAAGUACAAUGAGAAGAGAUUCGAGCCAAAGAAGGUCUUCAAGCUGUGGGAUGGCCAGAAGACGACGAGGGCGAAGGCAGGUAAGGCGAAGAGCAAGGGUAAGGAGUACUUUGACGAGGCGGAUCAUAAGAAGUAUAGCGUUGCGACCAACAACUGCAACACUUUUGCUCAGACAUUGAUGAAGGAGAUAUAAGGGAUGUGUGAGGUACUGUUUUCGAGGUGGGCACGGGAAUGGAUGGAUGGGAUGACACUCAUCUAAAGACGGUGGUGAUAUGCAACGCAAUCGUCUGGUGUAGAGAGGUGAGGCUAUGGGAUUAUUCGAGAUAUCUGGUACGGGGGAGCUCCGCUGUCGAAGUGGAGAUGAUUCAAACUACAUUACAAAACAUUCAUCACAU